UCUUGAUCAAGUAGAAAACGAUAAAAAUAUACUCUUCAGAUGCAUCGGAUAUUUUAUGAUUAUGGCAGUACAGAACCGGCUUACCUCUUUUGGAAACUGUCAAUUUUCUGGCGAGGAAGAAGAWGCUAUCAACUUUGCACUUCGACAGAAACUUGGACCAGAAUACAUCAGUUUACGAUCUGGUGCUGGGGGCCAAAAACUUGCAUACAUAGAAGGAUGGAGGGUGAUCAAGUUAGCAAAUGAGACCUUUGGUUUCAAUGGAUGGUCACAUUCUGUUACAAAUCAGAAUAUAGACUUUGUAGAUCAGGUUGGCCAGAAAUACUAUGUWGGAAUCAGUGCUUUUGUAAAAGUACAACUUAAGGAUGGUGUCUUUCAUGAAGAUAUUGGUUAUGGUGUCUCUGAAGGAAUGAAAUCUAAAGCUCUUGCAUUAGAAAAAGCAAGGAAAGAAGCUGUUACUGAUGGCUUGAAAAGGGCACUCAAAUGUUUUGGUGAAGUAAUGGGAAACUGCAUUGGUGACAAAACUUACCUGAAGUUUAUCACAAAACAAACAAAGCCUCCUUCAGAGGAGUAUGAUCCAAGUGAAUUUAGAAGGGAAAAAUGUCCAGUUGUAAAACCAGCAAGAAAAAGGCCUGCAGAUUACGAUGCACAAGAAGUAAAUCAAGAAAAUAGACCUAUUAAAUGUGAGACCAAAGAGGAAGCUAGAGAAAGGAUUCCCCUGCCAACAAAAGCUGAGAAACACAAUAUGACAGAUGGCAAUCAUGCCCACCAAAACAGAACUAACUGUAGCACUAAUAAUUACUCUCAUGGAAAAGGAUUAACUGAAAAUAAAAUGAAUCAUACAGCACAAGAGAACAGGAGCAAUGGCCACAGCCACAGAAAACAUGGCUCAAGGAGUCACACAACACCUCAUGUCACUAGUGCAAGUCACACAACACCGCAGCAUAGUAGCAAUUCAAGUCACACAACACCUCAGUAUAGCAGCAAUUCAAGUCACACAACACCUCAUAUUGUCCACUCAAAACCUCACCAAAGUCACACAACACCUCAACACAUUAAUCGACCAAGUCACACAACACCUGGACAUAGUAGCAAUUCAAGUCACACAACACCUGGCACAAGUCAUACAACACCUCUGCAACAUUAUAAUAGUAGAUGUCACACAACACCCAGUACAAGUCACACAACACCCCUACAACAUAUUAAUAGUAAAUGUCACACAACACCGGGUACAAGUAACACAACACCAGGUCUUACUARUGGUUCAAAUCACAUGACAGCAAUUAAUCAAGCUUCUGAGGGAGGAAAUGUUACACCUUCAUUGAAUGCUGUUCAAACAAAUAGUGUCAUUCCAGAGGAUGAUUCAAUGCUGUGGAAUCAAUCUUUUGGCUUUGAUGAGGCCUUGCUGUCUUGUGAUGAAGAUGUGUUAUCAGGUGAAAAAGAAAACAAGGAGAACCUCAACCAACAAGUCAACAAGAGGUGA